AUGUCAGGAGCCUCCGAAGAGUGUCUGGGGCCCCAGGAGCUGCCCAUGCUAAACAAGGUCUGUUUAACCACCAUGGACAAAAAGCUUAGCAUGCUGAACGAGAAGGUGGACAAACUUUUGCAUUUCCAAGAAGACGUCACGGAGAAGCUGCACUGCGUGUGCCAAGGCAUGAGCCACCUGGAGCAGGGCCUGCACAGGCUGGAAGCCUCCCGAGUACUGGGCCCAGCUGGGCCCAAUGGGGCUCCCCCAGGGGACACCCAGGUGGGGUGGCCUGAGGUCCUGGAGCUGGUGAGGGCCACGCAGCAGGAGGCAACCCAGCACGGCACCAGACUUGAAGCCCUCUUCAGGAUGAUGGUGGCUGUGGACAGGGCCAUCACUGUGGUAGGGUCCACGCUCCAGAACUCGAAGGGGUUGGAUUUCACCAUGCAAGGGAGUAUCCCCUGGAGGAGAGGCAGCCUGGCUGAUGGCACCGAGGAGAACAGAGAGCGAGCAGAAGAGAGGGGAGCGAAACGAAAGCAUGUGCUGAGCACCAGGGGUGUGCAGACUGACAUCUGGGAGUCGUGGGAAGAAAGCCAGAAGGUGGACCUGCCAGAAGGGACAGUGGAGAGGCUGCCUCCCAUCAGCGCUUCAGGGACGGGAGCUGACUUCCUCACUCAGGCAGGGGCCUCACCAGGACAGAGAGAGAGAGUUCCUGGCCCUGGCCAGGUUUCCCCUGACCACCUGCUGCUGCUCACAGAGACGGAAGCCAAAGUUACUGAGCCAUCCAGUGAGAAUCCCGGGACUGGCCUGGAAUUGUGUGUAGCACCCAGCAAGGGCAGUAAUGUCCCCACCAGUCAGGAGGCAGCACCAAAUACAGAACAAGGAACAUCGCCUAGCAGGCCUGACCUUGGGCUCUCAGAGGAGGGCAUGAGGCUGACCUCAGGGCCCAGCCCCCAGCUUCCGGGGCCUCCAGGGCUGCCAGCUCAAGCCAGGACAGCUUGCGGUGGCGGAGAAACUCUUCGAAGGGUUUCCAUCCAUAUGCUGGAUAUGGAUGCUCCUGGGGAGCUGCUGGUGACGACAGGGGGCAGCCUCGGAAGCACGUGCCCCACGGAGGCUCUGGCAGCUGCCCACCCGGGUGUGCAGGACCUGCCCGGGCCCAGGUGCUGCCUCCAAGGCCCUGGACCCGGAUGGGGAGAACAGACCCCCGAAGGAGCCAGAGCCUUCUCCCCACUGCAGAAGAGCAGCCACAGGACAGCAAAGGCAGAGGAGAAGCCAGGGCCUGGUGCCGAGCCAGGCGUGGGACCAAGGGUGGCCAGGCAGGAUGGUGGAGCCGGUGCCGCUGAGGCCCUGGGCUUGGCACAGGACAGAGGCCUGGGAGCAGGGCACCCUGAGCCCAAGAAGGACUGCACAGCUGGAGACCUGGGGGGAGCCGAGGCAGGAGCGAGGACGCCCCCCGGUGCCGAAGCAGGCAGUAUAGUUCUGGAUGACAGUCCAGCCCCACCAGCCCCUUUUGAACACCGGGUGGUGAGUGUCAAGGAGACCUCGGUCUCGGCGAGUUACACAGUGUGCCAGCAUGACGUCUUGGGAGGGGGCCGGUUUGGCCAGGUGCACAGGUGCACAGAGAAGUCCACAGGUCUCCCACUGGCAGCUAAGAUCAUCAAAGUGAAGAGCGCCAAGGACCGGGAGGACGUGAAGAAUGAGAUCAGCAUCAUGAACCAGCUUGGCCACGUGAACCUGAUCCAGCUCUAUGAUGCCUUCGAGAGCAAAAACAGCUUUACCCUCGUCAUGGAGUAUGUGCAUGGGGGUGAACUCUUUGACCGGAUCACGGAUGAGAAGUACCACCUGACAGAGCUGGAUGUGGUCUUGUUCACCAAGCAGAUCUGUGAGGGUGUGCGUUACCUCCACCAGCACUACAUCCUACACCUGGACCUAAAGCCGGAGAACAUAUUGUGCGUCAAUCAAACAGGACACCAAAUUAAGAUCAUUGACUUUGGGCUGGCCAGAAGGUACAAGCCUCGGGAAAAGCUGAAGGUGAACUUUGGCACUCCUGAGUUCCUGGCUCCAGAAGUCGUCAACUAUGAGUUUGUUUCGUUUCCCACGGACAUGUGGAGUGUAGGAGUCAUCACCUACAUGCUGCUCAGUGGCUUGUCCCCGUUUCUAGGGGAAACAGAUGCAGAGACCAUGAACUUCAUUGUGAACUGUAGCUGGGAUUUCGAUGCUGACACCUUUGAAGGGCUGUCAGAGGAGGCCAAGGACUUCCUUUCCCGGUUGCUAGUCAAAGAGAAGAGCUGCAGAAUGAGUGCCACACAGUGCCUGAAACACGAGUGGCUGAAUAAUUUGCCUGCCAAAGCUUCAAGAUCUAAAGUUUGUCUCAAGUCCCAGAUAUUGCUGCAGAAAUACAUGGCUCAGAGAAAAUGGAAGAAACAUUUCUACGUGGUGACUGCUGCCAACAGGUUACGGAAAUUUCCAACUUGUCCCUAACCUUCAACUCUGCUGUACCAGUGGGCCUAGAAGUUAUUGAGGCCAGUGGUGAAGCGAUGACUCAAGAUUUUAAAUAAUCUGGCCUUUUACUAUUAUUGAUUCCACUUAUUUUGUUAAAAAGGUUACGUCUAUUGCCUUGCUUAUAGAUGAAUAGUGGCUGUAAAGAAAGCCUAAGAACUUUUUUUUUCUGCCUUGUAAGAUCACUAAGUUUGAAAUGCUGUUUACUUUCCAAGUAUGCCUACUUUUGGUGGUUAAGUGUAGGCAUACUUUAGGUAGAUAGGAAAGCUCCUACUUUGCAUUUGUCAAAUAUAAAUUAGAAAUUUGUUCUUAUCAAAGAACUCAGUAGACUGUUUCACAGGGGUAUGUUAUUCAGUAUUAUCUCCUACAGUACAAAGAAUUUCUAGUUAUGACUUACUCAAGUAUGAGCUGACAUUUUUAUUGUACUAUCCCAGUCGUGUUAAGCAACAUGGAUUUAGGACAGUGAUCUUCAAACUUGUUUUAACUUAUAUUCCCUUUUGAGAAUCAACAGCAUUGCUUGAAAUUUCAAUAUGUAGCUAAAUCAGAGCAAUGAUAAUUUUGAAUGUCCUUUCUAAAUGUAUAUAUACCUCUAUCCUAUAUCCUAAGUCUGCCCUGUCCUGACUCCUCUUUCUUGGUUAUGAAUUUAUGAAUUUCUGGUCUUGUUAAAUCUGGAAACUGAUAUGCAAUUUAUGAGAGAUGGGAAAGUAAUGAUGUUCAGCUUUCUGAGAAACAAAGAAAUGAUACAUCAUGAGACAAUAAAGGAAAACUGCUCCUGCUGCUUUAUUAAGACUA